UCUAUACCGAGCGAGAACGACUGUGACUGUCUAUUUGAUCGUGAAAGUCAUCGUGUCCCCUCUUGUACACCUGCCGUCGUCGUUCAUAGCCUGAAAGCAUAUGCCAAGCCCCUACCAACCCCGACCUUGAUUUGCUUGACUCGCUCGAACUCCACAACACCAAGAACUUCCCCAUCUCGAUAUCAACCCAAUCUUGCGUCUCGAAUUACCACCACAAAAAACAUCAAAAUGUCACAAAAGCUCGCCGUCAAUGAGUCGACAAGCUUCUCAACCCAACCAGCAACUCAAACACAACUCACCACCGCCCUCGUCGACCACGGUUCAAUCCCAGUCAUUCAAAACGCCCUCUUGCACGAACUCCAGGCUUCAGGCUGGUCGACCAAUCUCAAGAACCAUGUCACUCAACUCAUGCGCUCGGGCGAAUGCACAAAAUACGAUGACCUGAUGGAUCGUAUUCUGGAAGAGGCUCUUGGGGAAGCCGAUGCUGCAAAGGACGGCGAUCAUCCUUCUUUGGCUAUUCCCGAUCAGGCAAUCACUCAAGCUGUCAAGAUUGUCAAGAAGGAGUUGGACAAGAUCUGUCAAGUCGAGACUGCUUGAGCGCCUCUUUGACCUUUCUCUCUCAACCUCUGUACUGUUUCUCUCUUACAUUCAAUGGCGUUCGGGGCACACACAUCAAUGAUACCACUUUUGCUUUAAGGAUUGGGACUUAUCAUUAGAAUAGACAGGCCCUGCCUACUUCGAUGUUAGCGUAAAUUUAUAUGCAUGUUCAGAGGGGGUCCUUAUUCAAUUUUAUCCACUUAAAC